AUGACCAAAGGUUGCUACACCUGUCGCCGCCGCCGCAUCAUCUGCGAUAAUGGCCAGCCCACCUGCAGAAAGUGUCGCGAUGCGGGAAAAGAAUGUCUUGGUUAUCAGAAGCCUCUGAUAUGGGUCAAAGGUGGCGUGGCGAGUCGUGGCAAGAUGAUGGGUCGCAGCUUCGACGAUGUAAAAAAACCAGCAGAGAGCUCGACAUCUCGACCUCCUGCUCAAUCGCAAACCUCCGAGUUGGGAUCCUUCCCCGUGGCCGAGUCGUCGCCUGACACCGAAUCGCCGAGUUCUGGGACAUAUACGAGCUCCAAAGACGAUACUUGGGCUUUGGAACCGUCAGAGGAUAUGGAAUUUGGGACCGGGAACGCAGAAAUAUGGUUGAACUUCGAUCCACCCGAGGAACCCAAUAACAGGGUAAUUCAUGUCCCUCGAGACACCGUUCAGUCCCUAUACAACCCAGCUCCAUGGGGACUCAUAGAUCCUCUACUCAAGGAUCUCAGCCAAAACUCGCGCUUCUACCUCUACCACUACAACCAAAAUAUGGCCGAAGACUUUGUGGUAUAUGACCAAAGCAAGAACCCAUGGCGAGAUAUCAUUGCGCUGGUCGGCACUUCACCCGUUCUCGCACAUGGAUUAUCUGCGAUGGGAGCACUUCACUACUCACUCACGACGAAUGCGGACUCUUCAAUGAUGCCUUGGACAUCCUACAACCCUGCGCCUGGUGCAAUCCAGAUGUCCGCGGAGGAAAUUGAAAGCAUGGUCAUGCCCGCCAGCUCACGAAAGCCUACGUCUCAACCAUAUCAGCAUUUCCUUGAGUUCAAGCAGCGAACUCUUGGUCAGCUGUCCAGGGAUCUCAAAAACCUUGCGAUGCAGAAUGAUGAUCGCACAUUGGCUGCGAUUGUUGUCCUCGCUCUUUUAGAUCUCUUCGAGUCAGGCAGUGGCGCUUGGAGCUAUCAUAUUGAAGGCGCAAAGAAGCUUCUUCGAAGUCGGCCGGAAAAUGAACUUGGCAAAGGAAUUCUUCAAGGACUCGAGACCUUUGCAAUCGACGGGUGUUUAAUAAUGGAGAUUAUGGGAUCUACCCUUGCGCGCCCAGGCGUUCUCUCUAAACCAUUUUAUUCCGAUACCUUGAGACCAGCAAUGCUCAAACGACUCGAAGUCACAUCCUGGGUCGGCUGCCCAGCCUAUCUUCUUGAAGUCAUCUUCUUCCUUCACGACCUGUGGUAUCCAGACCCCGACGCCACCACCCACCCACAACCAGCUGCUCUUCCUGAACUCAUGCACUCAGGCCAGGGCAUCACCUUAGAAUCCCUCGCCGCGCUCCUCCAGGGCAUCCGCAAUUUCGACCCGGUAGCCUGGGCCCAAGAAAUGCAAACCUACUUUUUCAUCUCUGACCUCUCCCACCGCACCGCCCUCGCCGCAUCCUACAAAGCCGCCGUCUAUCUCUACACCAGCCGUGUGCUCUCACGCCCGCGACAAGGGUUCUCGCCCCCAUGGACCGACCUCGGCACUCCCGCCGAUCAUCCACUCAUGUGUGCCGAACUCAUUACUCAAAUAUGCGCCAUUCCUCCCUCCGAUCCGCACUUCAAAUGUCUCAUCUGGCCCACCUUCAUUGCCGGCGCCGAGUGUCCUCGCUCGCAGUGCGCUCUCAUCCUUGAGAAACUAGGCGCUCUCUACAAUGCAGUGACUAGUGUCAACGUUCGUAACGCUGCCUGGGUGCUCCGUCUCCUGUGGGAAAAACACGAUACUAAACUGUCCAAGCGCUAUGAAAAUGUUACUUCUGGACUCGCAGGCGAGCAGAUGGAGAACGGCAAUUUUGAAUAUUUCAACGACAGCUACCAUGAUGAGCUUGACAGCACUUUCGACUGGAUCGACGAGAUGGAUGAGUCGCGUCUAGACUGGUUGUUCAUUUAA